GGCAGACCACAGUUAUCUCCUCUACGGGGCCCAAUAGAGGGAAAGAAAAUAAAAAAUGAGGACUCAGAACACUCUGAAGAAAUUAGUGAGAAUGGUGAACUUCCUGAUCUUGACUACCUGAGUACCAUGACUCACAUUGUGUUGGUGGAUCUGGACAACUGGGGAAGCUUUUUUACACAGCUGCCAGCUAAUCUGAACCAAGGGACUUUUAUCUGGGGUUUUCAAGGAGGAUACAGCAACUGGAAGCCUCCAGUGCAUUGCAAAAUUUACAACUAUCUUAACAGAAUUGGAUGUUUUUUUCUUCAUCCACGUUGCAGUACCAGAAGAGAAGCAGCAGACUUUGCUCUCUGUGUUCAUGCUGGUCGUCUGGAUGAGCACCUGCCCAAGCAAAUUCCUUUCACUGUACUUUCUGGAGACAAAAGCUUCCUGGAGCUGGAAAACCAAUUUAAAAUGACUCAGCGGUCAGCUUGCAUCCUGAAUCCUCACCAGAUUGAAGGAGACAUGAUGUGUGCCUUGCUAAACAGCAUUUCAGAUACCACAAAAGGUUCAGAUAGUGAAGAGGAUGAAGAUAUGAAAGAAACAAUGAAGAGGAGCUUAGAAGAAAUAAACAAACAGGAAGGACUGCAAGGUGCAGGACUGCAAGGUGCAGGACUGCAGGAUGCAGAACUUCAGGAUGCAGAACUGCAGGAUCCAGAACUGCAAGAAGCUAUCAAAAGGAGCCUUGAGGAAAUGUAAAUGAAGAUACUUCAGUACACUAACACCAUGUUAUUGGAACUGCUCACAAAAAUGCAAGCUUGCUCAUCUAUUUACAAGGUUUCAGAAAUACCACUUUAAAAACAUGUCUGUAUCUGGAAUUGUUGAUUUAUAAUCUGAUUUCCUCUGUCAUACUGAUAGACAGUUGGAGUUUAUUCAUAUUCAUGGCAAUGUAUUCUGUUUGAUUAAAAAUAAAUUUUUGAGCCUUUU